AACAUGAUUAAUUUUCACACAUUUUAGAAUUUCUUUCCAUCUAUCUAUAUAUAUGUUUGGUUUUGGAUUGGUUAGUCUGUAUAUCUAUCUACCACAAAACAGUAGAUUUAUAAAAUUUGAGCUGAGCCUCUCUUAAAAAAUUAACAACAAAUCUACAAUGGCAAGCGAGGAUCAGAAAUUCCCUCCACAAACCCAGAAAACUCAACCAGGCAAACAAUAUUUGAUGCAUCCACUCCCUAUUUCCGUCAAUCCUAUAUAUAAACCCUCCGACAAGCUUUUUGGAAAGGUGGCAUUAGUAACAGGAGGUGAUUCAGGGAUAGGAAGAGCAGUUUGUUACUAUUUUGCACUCGAGGGUGCAACUGUGGCUUUCACUUAUGUUAAAGGGGCAGAAGACAAAGAUGCAGAAGAUGCCUUGACUUUGAUAAGAAAAGCAGCCAAAGAAAGCAAUGCAGGUGAACCGGUUGCUAUUCCUGCUAAUUUACAAGGUGAAGAGAAAUGCAAAGAGGUGGUUGAUAAAGUGGUUAGCCACUUUGGACCCAUCGAUGUCCUAGUGAAUAAUGCAGGUGUACAAUACUAUAAGGAGAAUAUUGAAGAUAUCACAGAAGAGCAGCUUAGGAUGACAUUUGAAAUCAAUAUUUUCGCCUACAUUUUCAUAGCUAAGCAUGCCAUAAAGCACAUGAAAGAAGGAAGUUGCAUCAUAAACACAGCCUCAGUGUUGGCAUACGAAGGCGAACCCAAUCUUGUUGACUACAGCGCCACAAAAGGAGCCAUUGUGACCUUCACUAGAAGCCUCGCACUCCAACUAAUCAAACGAGGAAUUCGAGUGAACGGGGUAGCACCAGGCCCCAUCUGGACUCCCCUACAAGUAGCUUCAUAUCCUGUAGAAACGGUUGUCACUUUUGGUUCAGAUGUGCCUAUGGAUAGAGCAGGACAACCUUUUGAAGUCGCACCAUCUUAUGUGUUUCUUGCAAGCAACGAGUGUUCAUCCUACUUUACUGGUCAAUUCCUCCAUCCAAAUGGUGGGAUAAUCGUUAAUGCCUGAUCCGAUCUAAGUGCAUCAUCAAGCUAAUCCAACCAAAAUAAUACCAAGAUAUCGAGAAUAUGCAUAAAGUUAAACGCAAAUUUGUCAAAAACUACAUUUUAAAAAAAUGUUUUAAUUCUACCUUAUAAAAACUUUAUGUCAUAAGAAACUAUCUUUACUCGGAUUAUGAAUUUUAAUUCAAAAUUUCAAGGUUGACUUUACUAGGUGCAUUGCACGUGGCAUCUCACGAGAAAUAGAUAAUUAAAUAACACGUGAGAUGUAUAUGGUAAAAUCAAUCUCCUGAAUUUUGAGUCUGACGUUUAUAAUUCGGGAAAAGGUAGAAUCUUACAACAUAAAUAGUUUACAAGGUACUGCCUCUGUAUUUAUUUAAGGGAUACAAUUGUCUUUUUCGGCCGUAUUUAUUUAAGAGAUACAUUUGCCAUUUUCAGUAACUUAUCAACCUCACAAUCUAAUUAAAUAAUCUAUGUACACCCCAUUCCCAACCCCCAUCACCUAAAAUGACAUGGUCCCCACUUGUUUUACUUAUUAAAAUAUCUACUCAACCCCACUUGUUUUAUUACUUUAUUUCAUUCAAUUUUUUUUCUUAAUACUCGUGCCCGGCCAAAUGUAUCUCUUAAAUAAAUACGAAGGGAGUAGUUACUUACUCCCUCCGAAUCUAAAUGUUAUUCCCGUUUCCUUUUUUAGUGUCCCAAAAUAAUCUUCCCAUUUCUUUUAUUUCCUUUUUAAUCUCUUCCUUGUAAUUUUAACUUUGUAAUUCUAUUGGUUUAUCAAUAAAAAACCAUGUAGUCUCAUUGGUUGGUUUAAGUUUGGAUGGAUUAAUGAGUUGACAUUUUUAUUCCUUAAA